AAUGGGAUCCUUGUUAUCCCUGAGUGCGUCCUGUGGGUUUUGAGGGUAAAUCCCGGGAUUUUGGGCCCCCUUUGGCCCACGGCUGCCCCGUCCCCCCAGGACCUGCAGGCCCAGGACCGCGCCCACCGCAUCGGGCAGCAGAACGAGGUGCGGGUCCUGCGCCUCUGCACCGUCAACAGCGUGGAGGAGAAGAUCCUGGCGGCGGCCAAGUACAAGCUCAACGUGGACCAGAAGGUGAUCCAGGCGGGAAUGUUCGACCAGAAAUCCUCCAGCCACGAGCGCCGGGCCUUCCUGCAGGCCAUCCUGGAGCACGAGGAGCAGGACGAGGAGGAGGACGAGCUGCCCUCGUGGAUCCUCAAGGACGACGCCGAGGUCGAACGUUUGACCUGCGAGGAGGAGGAGGAGAAGAUGUUCGGCCGCGGCUCCCGGCACCGCAAGGAGGUGGAUUACAGUGACUCCCUCACGGAAAAGCAGUGGCUAAAGGUAUCCCUGAAUCCCAAAUCCCCCUCUGGAACUUCCCUCUGGGAUCCCCAUUACAGCGACUCCCUCACGGAAAAACAGUGGCUAAAGGUAUUCCUGAAUCCCAAAUCCCCCUCUGGGAUCUCCCCAGUCCCUCUGGGAUCCCCCCAGUCCCUCUGGGAUCCCCAUUACAGCGACUCCCUCACGGAAAAACAGUGGCUAAAGUCCCUCUGGGAUCCCCAUUACAGUGACUCCCUCACGGAAAAACAGUGGCUAAAGGUAUCCCUGCCUCCCAAAUCCUUCUGGGAUCCCCCCAGUCCCUCUGAGAUCCCCAUUACAGCGAUUCCCUCAUGGAAAAACAGUGGCUAA